ACUAUCCCUAACCGACAUCAUGGUUCGCAAAGACCCUAUCUUCGAAGCCCGCACAAAUGUCAAACUACAUUCCAACAGACUCAAGAAAGAAGCCGUCCGAGCGGAGGCAACCUUCAAGUCCGAGAAGGCCAAAGCCGACAAAGCGAUGAAAAACCGCGAGUUCCAGAUCGCUCGCAUUCACGCCGCCUCCGCCGUGCGCGAGAAGCGACGCCAAGUAACGCUCAAAUCCGAAGCGGCACGCGCAGAUGUCAUCAUCAACGAACUCAAGGCCGCCCAAAGCACCCGCGACACAUCCCGGACGCUCGCUUUGGCAUCACGGGGCCUAGAUGCUGCCUCGCGGAGUGUCAACCUCGAACAUCUCGUCUCCCACGCUAACAACUUCCUCGCCCGGUCGGAAGACUUCAAGAUUGCUAGCAGUGCGAUCGAGGAUGUCGCUCAGGGUGUAUCUAUGCAGGAAUACGGUGCGGAGGGUGAGGCCGACGUUGAUCGUCUUAUGGAACAACUGGCAGAUGAUGCGGGUGUUGAUAUGCGCAUGAACCUCGAGGCGGAUGCUGUGCCCAAAGAGGAGGUUAAAGAGCCCAAGCAGGUGGAUGCCGAGGUUGAGGAUGGCUUGGGUGCAAGGUUACGAGCCUUACGGGCUGCUAAUUGA